AUGAACCGUCUCCGUGUACGGUGUUUGUACUUGCUGUCGUUAUUGUAUCACUGUUCAGCCACAGCAGUUUACAAACGGCCUUUCAGGGUGAAGUUCGAAGGCUACAUGAGGACAGUUAACAGGGAGAAUGACAGCGUGCUUAUCAACAAGCUCAGCGUUCAGAUAUACGGGCUGGACAACCAGGAAACCAGGCGCAACUACGUCAACAGCAAAUCCGCGGUGUAUCGAGCGGAUCUGAUCACGUCGAGGGACAACCGACUCGCUCUGCAUUUCUCGUUUUACACCCACAGGGCAUUGUGGGUAAACUUUUGCACGAAGUCGCCCGAAGAGCACGUUCGCUUUUACCAUCGCUUCAACAACGCCAACCUGGCCAAAAGGUUUCAUAUGAAAUGUGCGUCACUGCGCCGGGGCCUUAGUCCGUACACGCUCAUCCGACAGAUCUAUUACGAACAAGGAACGUCCGUGAAAAUCCCCUGCUUCCGAUGCGACGCUGUCCGAUGGAUGAGCGGUCGACCAAAUUUCUUCUACAGGAUGAAUCGUAGAACAAUGGUCGAUGUAAUCGUUCGAGGAGAUUCGUAUACGACAAAUAAACAAAUUCACAAAGUUUUCAUGGUAAACUUCAUAUCAUCACAAUUAUAA